AUGCCAGUCGUCGAGCUAUGUCCAUCUCAAUUUGAAUUGAACAGAAUGGCGGACAAUCCACAUCUAUAUUCUGGUCCGUCUGUCUCCAAUGAAUCAAUUCAGAUGCCACGGUCCCCAACUCAGCCACUCAGGGGGACGCAAGUGUUUCUCAAGGAAUUCAAAAGAACAAAGUUGCAGCCAGAAGAUAGCAUCAUAGAAGAAACAGAAAGCUGCUCAUCGAUGUCAUCAAAAAGUUCGGAAGAGAGUGCAUCCGAUACAAUUAUGGUCCCACCUGAUCCGGAGAAAGAAAAUGUCCCAGAGAAAAUACUGUUAACUGAUCCUUCAACAGUAUUGCAGAAUGUCAAAUUUCAACGAAAAUCUGCAGAAGCAGAGGAUGCUGUCAGUGUGAAAAGAAAUACAAAAUCACAGAGAAGUUGUCGGAUCCGAACUGGAAGCGAGUCGGAAGAUCUGAAGAAACCAAUCAAGAGUAUUCUCCGACAAUCUCCAUAUAUCUCAAAAGAAGACGUCUCACAAUCGAAUGAGAGCACCAUCCAUCGUCAGUUUAGGAAAAGUCGGACGUCAUCACUAACAAAAAGAGAUAGUGUUAAUAAUGACCGCACAGAACCGGGCAAUCACGAUGCAAUUGACAACUACUAUGCGAAAAACUACUACACUGUUACAGGGAUAUAUCAGAAAAAUCCGAGUUUUCCGAAGUAUUAUGUGAAUGGGAAUGCAGAUGAGGAUAACGAGGAAAACCAUGAAGCUGUGAGAAGAAAUUAUGAAAAACAUGGAAAACUAACGCUUUCUAUGGCUCAGAGUACGCGGAGCAUGCCGAUUGUUCCAGUAAAUAAUAGAUUUCAUAAGUCAUUUUACUGGUUUGCCCAUAAUCACAAAAAGAUCGGAUUCCGCCACGUCUGCAUGCUUCUACUCGUUCUCUCCUACACUCUUCUCGGUGCUGCUCUCUUUUUUUCGAUCGAAUCACGCCACGAACACGAGACGAUGCAAAUUCACAAACGAAAACUGGAGCGAGUGAUUUAUGAGAUCGCCCAGACACUGGAACUUGAGAUAUUGGACCCGAUGAAGUUAACGAAUAUCACUCAAAUGGAAUACUUUAUCACGGUAAACAAGCAACUUCCUCUCCUAUUCAAUCUCCGUGCCUACGUCAAACUUCUGAAUGCUGAAGAUUUGUACUCUGGAAGUACAUUUUAUAAACAUGAAGAUCCGAAAAAUUUAAAAUGGACAUACGGAUCAGCAUUCUUCUUUUCGAUGAAUGUUUACACGACGACGGGAUACGGUUCCAUCGCUCCAGCAUCUUCACUCGGAAAAGCUCUUGUAAUUCUAUAUGGUUUGAUAUUUGUCCCUCUGACAGCAGUUGUCAUCCGUGAUCUUGGACAAUGGGCCCUCCUCUAUCUUACUAAAAUGUACACAAUCCUAAUUGACAAUUUUCGAAGGGUCCGUGGAUUUGUGGAUAAGCUUGAUGAGGAUGAAAUCAUUUCACUACCAAUCAAAUUCAGUGUUUCUGUUAUGAUAUUCUAUCUUUUAUCUGCAACAAUGUUCAUUUACGAAUACGAUGAAUUAUCGGGUCCGCCUGAUUCUGGAAUCUCUUUCUUCCACGCCUUCUACUUCUCAUUCAUCUCGAUGUCCACUAUCGGUCUCGGAGAUAUUAUGCCCAACAAUGUGACAUUUUCUCCUCUAAUCACUAUAAUGUUUUUCUUUGGAAUGCCGAUUCUCAAAGUUGUCAAUAGAGUUACCUAUAUCUGUUUGGAAAAUGGCGUUUUUGGUACAAUGACAGUGCUCGAAAACAGAUUAGACACAAUUUGGAGCAGUGCUACAGUAAUCCCAACUGGCCAAUCGCCGCAAGAACAACAAUCGCAACCAAAUUCAGUUAGCCGAAAGACUUCAAUGAUAAGUGACGGAAUGGUUCCGGAUGAGGUGAGUUUCAGACUUAACUUGAAUAUUCUACUAAAUUUCUAUACUCAGACUGAUGGAUCCGUACCAAAUGAGUACUUGAAUAACUUCACAAUUCGAUCAAUCGCUACAUUUAUGAAAGCCAAUGGAGACGUCUAUGGAGGAGCAUUUGGAAGAGUCAAUAUGCGACGUGGAGAUCUUCGGAAUCUAACUGAUAACCAGGCAACUGAUAACCGAUCGAAUCGAGAUAACAAUGUGUGA